UUGGGACUCAAGGGUUUUUCAUUUUUUUUCCUACUACGUUGUAGAAUAAUGAUGACAUCAAAACAAUGAAAUGACACAUGGAAUCAUGUAUUAACCAUUGUAGGAUACUCCCGAAGACUAGGGUACAGUGUGUCUGUAUCUUGCAUCCUGGUCCAUGAAGCUGUUACUUUGGAAGAUGUGGGAGCUGCACCAGAACCUGGCAGAUGGAGCCUGUUAUAGGCAUAUUAUUUGUGGAAACCUGGAAUAAGAAUGUUAACAUGACUUCAUAUUACUCAAUUGACAAUGCUUCUAAUGUCCUGGGGUAUACAGUGGGGCAAAAAAUUAUUUAGUCAGCCACCAAUUGUGCCAAGUUCUCACACUUAAAAAGAUGAGGCCUGUAAUUUUCAUCAUAGGUACACUUCAACUAUGACAGACAAAAUGAGAAAAAAAAAAUCCAGAAAAUCACAUUGUAGGAUUAAAAAAAAACUAUUUGCAAAUUAUAGUGGAAAGUAAGUAUUUGGUCAAUAACAAAAGUUUAUCUCAAUACUUUUAUGUACUCUUUGUUUGCAAUGACAGAGGUCAAAUGUUUUCUGUAAGUCUUCACAAGGUUUUCACACACUUGCUGGUAUUUUGGCCUAUUCCUCCAUGCACAUCUCUAGAGCAGUGAUGUUUUGGGGCUGUUGCUGGGCAACACGGGCUUUCAACUCCCUCCAAAGAUUUUCUAUGGGGUUGAGAUCUGGAGACUGGCUAGGCCACUCCAGGACCUUGAAAUGCUUCUUACGAAGCCACUCCUUCGUUGCCUGGGCGGUGUGUUUGGGAUCAUUGUCAUGCUGAAAGACCCAGCCACGUUUCAUCUUCAAUGCCCUUGCUGAUGGAAGGAGGUUUUUGCUCAAAAUCCCACGAUACAUGGCCCCAUUCAUUCUUUCCUUUACACGGAUCAGUCGUCCUGGUCCCUUUGCAGAAAAACAGCCCCAAAGCAUGAUGUUUCCACCCCCAUGCUUCACAGUAGGUAUGAUGUUCUUUGGAUGCAACUCAGCAUUCUUUGUCCUCCAAACACAACGUGUUGAGUUUUUACCAAAAAGUUAUAUUUUGGUUUCAUCUGACCAUAUGACAUUCUCCCAAUCUUCUUCUGGAUCAUCCAAAUGCUCUCUAGCAAACUUCAGACGGGCCUGGACAUGUACUGGCUUAAGCAGGGGGACACGUCUGGCACUGCAGGAUUUGAGUCCCUGGCGACGUAUUGUGUUACUGAUGGUAGGCUUUGUUACUUUGGUCCCAGCUCUCUGCAGGUCAUUCACUCGGUCCCCCCUGUGUGGUUCUGGGAUUUUUGCUCACCGUUCUUGUGAUCAUUUUGACCCCACGGGGUGAGAUCUUGCGUGGAGCCCCAGAUCGAGGGAAAUUAUCAGUGGUCUUGUAUGUCUUCCAUUUCCUAAUAAUUGCUCCCACAGUUGAUUUCUUCAAACCAAGCUGAUUACCUAUUGCAGGUUCAGUCUUCCCAGCCUGGUGCAGGUCUACAAUUUUGUUUCUGGUGUCCUUUGACAGCUCUUUGGUCUUGGCCAUAGUGGAGUUUGGAGUGUGACUGAGGUUGUGGACAGGUGUCUUUUAUACUUGAUGUUCCUCAUCUUCCUCGACGUCACUGCCUAAUAAAAUCAAGCAGAAUAGAAAAUUCUAAUUUUAAAUUCUGAUCUGAUUUGCACUCCAUGACUGUUUUAAAGUCAAACAACAAUCAUUGCAUAACCAAUAUUUCAUAUAUCUGCAAGCAAAACUAUGGUUCAAUCAGUGUGCACUUUCACACUUUCACUUGCCAUAACUGAGAUGCUGUUCCACUUCUUUAUCCUCUACACUCUUUUCAUCUUCGCUUUCGUGGUCUGCAGGGCAGCUGAGAGUUGACAACAAUCUCUGAUAUGUCGACCUUUCUAUGGUUCGUCGUUCUCGUCAAUAUCAGCUCUGGACUGUACCAGGCUGUCUGGCUGUAGCAAAGAGAAAACAUAAAACACAAGGUAGCUAGGAAACUAGCUAGCUAACUAAUUGUAAGUCAGAUAAGUAGCUAGCUAGUAGACUUACCAGAUCCAAUAUAUUUGUGUUUUCUCUGCCUUUUCUGUGAUUAGAAUAAAUAAUUUAAAACAUUUGAUUUAUAUUACAUGCAGUGUCACGGGAGUAACAUGAUGUAUAGCCAGCUAUAGAUCCACACGGUGGAGGUGUCAUAAUACUCUUAAAACCUAGCGGUCAAACAGUGAAAAGGGCCUCCUGAGUGCCGCAGCGAUCUAAGGCACUGCAUCACAUUGCUUGAGGCAUCACUACAGGCUGAGGUUCCAUGCUAUGUCAUAGCCGGCCUUGACCAGGAGACCCAUGAGGUGGCGCACAUUUGGCCCAGCGGGGUCCAGGUUAGAGGAGGGUUUGUCCCAUCGUGCUCUAGCGUCUCUUUGUGGCGGGCUGGGUGCCUGCAAGCUGACUUCGUUCACCAGCUAGACUGUGUUUUGCCUGACACAUUCGUGCGGCUGGCUUCCAGAUUAAGUGAGCAGUGUGUCAAGAAGCAAUGUGCCUUGGUAGGGUCAUGUUUCAGAGGAUGCAUGGCUCUCGACCUUCGCCUCUCCCGAAGUUUGUAGGGGAGUUGCAGCGAUUGGACAAGGCUGUAACUACCAGUUGGAUAUCAUGAAAAAGGGGUAAAAGUACAAAAACAACAUCAGGGAAAAGGUUCCAAUUGUUUUUCCACCAUUAAUUUCCCAUAGGGGCUUUUAAAAACACUUAUUAUAUGGGCUGUGUUUUGUGUAGGCUUACCCUGGUGUGUCGGUUUGAUAACCAUGUAAAUCUCAAUUGGACAAGGUGACUUUUAUCAAUAUAUUCUGCUCUAUUUACUCUCAGAUUCAAAAAUGCUAAUUAGCAUCAAAGUAGGGGUACUAAGCUAACAUAUGGAAUUGUUUUCAGAUGGUCAUACCAUGGAUCAUUUAGCUAUUUGAUUUAGAAUUUUAGGACCCCUUUAGGUAUUAUUUUUUGAAUAAACAUAUUGUUUGUAGAAUGAGCAGCGAUGCUCCUCUGGGUGUAAACUCUAUGGAUUUGAAAAAUAGAAGUGCUCAGUAGAAUGGAACCCCCUUUUACUGCGACACAACAUACAGAAGGAAAUUGUGUAUGGUGCAAUAUGUAUGUCCAAUUUUUAAAACAUCCUGAACAUCAUGCAAUACGAAUGGGCUAAUUAACAAAGGGAUUUAAAAGUGUUUUCUAAUGUUGAUUAUUCUAAUUAUAUUAUUAAUAUUGUUAUUACUAUUAUUAUUAACAGUAGAUAAAUAAUGUUUUGUUAUUUGUAUUACUGCUGUUACCAUGAUAACUAUCUAGUAUUCCUUACUUUUAAUGCUGUUAACAAUAAUGUCAAUGCUAUAAUAUUAUUUGUAAAGUCGAUUAACUGUUUUCCUUUUUCCAUAUUGUUAAACAAAAUUAAUUUGCAAAAUACAUUUGCUCACAAAAAUGUUAUGAAUUGUCGACCAUUGUAUAAUUUUUUACCAUCUUCAUUGCGAGACUUUUAUUUUGAAGUGAAAUCUCUGUGGUCACGACCUUAUUCCUUCUACGUCUGACUUAUUCUUGCUGGAGACACAGGUAGACACGUGUGUUUGGGUUUUCCCGCAGGACAAUAGGGUCACUUUUGGUAUUCAAAUUAGAGAUAAUCCACAAUAAAUAUUUGACAAAAACGUAUAUUACACUAGAUUCUAUUACCAAACUCUGUGCUCGUACGUUGGCUGUAGUUGGUUCACCCAGACAGACUGUGUGAUUUUAUGUCGAUGACAGCAAAGUUUUAGUUGGGAAAUAUUUUAUCAAGGCCGUGAGGAAAGAUUCCGCUCUUCCCUUUUUUAACGGAACCUGCUCUUGCUACAAUAAAGGGAUGCUCCUAUACAACAGCCGCAUGCUUGAUAACAUUAUAAUAGGUCCUCAAAGUUGCUGAAGCUUUCAUCUGAUGAGAGAUUGUGGAGGUAUGACACUGGGCACAAGAACUGGUGGGUUGUUGAUCUGCAGUGACCUCUCAACUAUGGUUGCCUAUUUGGUCAUAUUUGACCAAUCAAUUAAUUAAUUAUGCAUCAUGGGGAUAUCAGUUUACUGUUUGCCUGUUUUAACUGUUACCAUGGCAGAACUUCAUUUAUUAUUAACCAUUUUGGUGUCUAGGUUUCUUACUUAGACCAUUUUGGACUUAGAUUUUACAUGUCAAUGAAAAUUAACAAUAGCAGAAGGGUAUGGCUUAAUCUUACAAGAAUGCAUCUUACUUCACUGAAAGAGAGAUGUUGACCAUGUAAAACAUGUAAAACACCCUCUUGCGUUCUAAUGGAGGGCACAACCUCAAGACAAGACAAAGAAAAGGCUCAGAGAACUGUAAGGUUUCGGGUGGCAUCUGCAAAUAGUGGUCGCAUUUUAACUGAGGUUUUCAAGGAUGACACAUUGACAUUGUGUGGCUCAGUGACAGACUCGGUUGACUCGGACUGCACCAGCAACUCGGAGAGCGAGCAGGUGAGCUCCCCACCAACCAGUGAGGCAAAUGGGCAUCUGUGUGGGCUGGUGGGCACAGCGCCGGAUGAUUGCGGGAGUGAUCCGGAUGACCUGCUUAUGUACGCUAGCACCAAAAAGGGGCUGCUCUUUAGCAACAAGCGCAUUAAUAUCUGCAGCAAGAAUGGGACUGUACGUGGUGUGAAGAACAAAGUCAGUGCAGGUCAAGCGCUGUUCAACAACCUUUCCAACCUCUCCAACGUGUAUACAGGUAACCUGCGUGGCAGCCGACCUCAUCUGAAAAAAAUACCAUGGGAAAAAGAUGAUGGGAACUGAGACUGGGUCUACUGACUCUGCUGGCUAUUAUAACACACAACCUUUGGUCUUCAAGAUUUGUGUUUAUGUAUUUAC